UACACCUCAUUUAAUAAAAACGUGUGAUGGUAUAAAAUGGAGUUUAAACUACUAUUCUAUACAUUUCUAUAUUUAAUAUCAAUUAUAUUUGUAAGUGCAGAUGGAGAGACUGUCCUGACCACCCAUGGUUUAGUAUCGGGAAAAAUAUUAAAAACGUUAUUUAAAGAAACCCAGUACCAUGGAUUUAUGGGUAUACCAUACGCUGCACCACCUGUUAAAGACCUAAGAUUUAUGCCACCAAAAGACAUUGAGCCUUGGACGGGUGUUUUAAAAGCGACAAAAGAAAAACCUCCAUGUCUGCAAUAUAAUUACAACGUGAAGAAAAGUGAUUCGAUUGGGCAAUGUGGUGUAGAAGAUUGUCUUUACCUUGAUAUAUUUACACCAGCAGUAGAUGAGAAUAAACGUGGCGUUGUUGUAUUUCUGUAUAAUGAAUAUUUCCGAUACUCAUAUAAUAAAACAAAAGACUACGCACCAGAUUUCUUCAUCGAAGAAGACGUGAUUGUAGUUGAAAUAAGUCAUCGACUAUCAGUUUUGGGAUUCUUAUCAUUAGAAGAUGAUAUAUUGCCUGGUAAUUCUGGACUGAAAGAUGUAGUAAAGGCUUUAGAAUGGAUAAACAGUAAUAUAGAACGAUUUGGAGGAGAUGCAAAUAAAAUUACAUUGAUGGGUUUCAAAGGAGGUGCUGCUGCGAUAGACUUACUUCUUCAUACGAAAGCAAAAAGCCUCAUAAACGGAGCUAUUUUACACAGUGGAACCUCGUUGUCUCCAGAUAUUUUGCAAGAUGAUGUUCGGGAAAGAGCAUUCAAACUAGGUGAAUUAUUGGAAAUCGGCACGACAAGCAGUAGUAAACUUUUAAAAUAUUUCAACGAUGUUACACCAGAGAAAUUACUUUCGAAGGACUUUAGAUCUCUACCUGAUGACUACUAUAAAGAGAAUCAAAAACCUCUCUUAGCUUUCGGACCUGUAAUCGAAGUCAAUUCAGACGGUCUUGUUCUUCAGUAUCCAGAACGUAUGCAUGAUCCUAUCAAUAUUCCCAUAAUGAUUGGAUCAAAUUCCCGUGAAGGUUUAGAUUCGGCAAUAGAUUACCUUGCUGAUCCAAAACGAAUGGUAUACAUCGAAAAAGAUUUCCAUUUCUUAUUACCCAUACGGACAGAAACUAAGUUUGACCCUCUUAAAGAUGAUUACUACAAAGCUAUAGAAGAAAUUAAAAAUUUCUAUUUCAAAAAGGGUAAAGUGACACUAAAAAGUGUUAGUGAUUAUGUCACUUACAUAGGAGAUGUACUUACGUCUUAUCCCGUAGACGUUAUGACGAGGAUGUACGCAAGUAAAGUAGCAAAACCCUUGUACUAUUACCAUUUCGAUUAUUAUAGCGAAUUGAAUGCCAACAAAAACAGAAUUUUGGCAUUGUCUAAAGUAAGCGAUGGUACCUGGGGAGCCACAUCCGGUGACGAAUUGUGUUAUCUUUUUAAAUGUCCUAGCCUAAAGAAAAACUAUCUUAAACUAAAGAAAUCGAUGUCUGAAGAAAUAAUAUUACAAAGGAAAUUAGUCAAACUGUGGUCUAAUUUUAUUAAAUACGGAUCUCCUACACCAGGACAUAAUAAUCCAUUGGAGAACUUCGAAUGGCCGGAGUAUAAUUUGGAAACGAAAGAAUAUCUUCACAUUGGAAAAAAUAUAGAAAUACGGCGUAAUCUCUUCGGAGAUAGAUUCGAAUUCUGGGACAAAUUCCUAACUAGAUGGCCUAAAAUAUUGAAGAACUUAAGGGAAAAGGAUGAAUUAUAA